AUGGGUCGUCGUCCAGCUAAAUGUUAUCGUUUCCAGAACAAGAAACCCUUCAUUAAAUCACGUUAUUGUCGUGGUGUACCUGAUCCAAAAAUUCGUAUCUAUGAUGUUGGUAAUAAAAAAGCAUCCGUUGAUACAUUUCCAUUUGUUGCUCAUUUAGUAUCAGAUGAGAAGGAACAAUUAUCAUCGGAAGCUCUUGAAGCUGCUCGUAUUGCUGCUAAUCGUUACUUGACGAAAUAUUGUGGCAAAGAUAAUUUUCAUAUGCGCAUUCGUUGCCAUCCGUUCCAAGUUUUACGUAUCAACAAGAUGCUUUCAUGUGCUGGUGCUGAUAGACUGCAAACGGGUAUGCGUCACGCUUAUGGUAAACCUGCUGGUGUUGCUGCGCGUGUAGCUAUUGGUCAGCCAAUUAUCUCUGUGCGUUCGAAGGAUUCAUUUGGUCCAUCGGUUGUUGAAGCUCUACGUCGUGCCAAGUUUAAAUUUCCAGGUCGUCAGAAAGUAUUGGGCUCGAAGAAGUGGGGAUUUACGAAAUACGAGCGUGAAUUGUAUGCUGAGAUGCGUGCAAAUGGAUCACUUGGCAUAGAUGGCAAUCAUGAGAAGUACAAACCCAAUCACGGUCCUCUUCGACUGUAA